AUGCCACAACCUCUAUCCGCACGGCACUCGCAGCCGCGAACCCCCGAAGACUACGCAAUCGGAAUUAUAUGCGCUCUAGCGGUUGAGAAAGCAGCCUUUCAGGCAAUGCUCGAUGACGUCCACGAUCCCCUCCCGACCGUCGAAGGCGAUGAGAACAGCUACACAUUUGGUAGGAUCGGGGCCCAUAACGUCGUCGUUGCCUGCCUGCCCGCUGGUAUGAUGGGCAACAACUCAGCCGCAACGGUCGCGAAUGACAUGCUCCGCAGCUUUCCGAUAAAGAUUGGACUGAUGGUUGGGGUCGGCGGAGGCGUGUGGAGCAAUAAGGUGGAUAUGCGACUCGGGGACGUGGUAGUCAACCAGCCCGACGGAAAACACGGCGGGGUAGUGCAGUGGGACUUUGGGAAGAUAGAAAAAGGGGGUAUCUUCAAGCGAACGGGGUCACUCAACAAGCCACCACGGGUGCUGCUCAACGCGCUGCAAGACGUCAAGACAAAGCAUAUGAUAGAGGGUGAUAGUCUCGCCGAGCACCUGUCGCAAAUGGUGGCAAAUAAGCCUUUUAUGGCGCAAACCUUCGGAUAUCAAGGUGCUGAGUGCGAUCAGCUAUACCAAGCCGCUUACGAACACAUCGGCGGCGAGACAUGUGAGGAGUGCGAUCCAGACCAGGUGAUCGAGAGGCUCCCGCCUCGAACUAGCUCGGCUCCGAAGAUCUACUACGGCAACAUCGCUUCCGGCAACGAAGGAGUGAAGCAUGGCUUGACUCGAGACCGGAUAGCAGCGGAAGAAGGAAUAAUAUGCUUCGAGAUGGAAGCAGCUGGGCUAAUAGACAGUUUUCCUUGCCUCGUUAUCAGAGGUAUCUGUGACUACGCAGACUCGCAUAAGAACAAGAGAUGGCAACCGUACGCGGCUAGUGCCGCGGCGGCAUACGCGAAGGAGCUGCUGUUGGUGAUACCAACGGCAGAGGUGGCGAAGACACAGACAGCGGACGAGACGAUCAGGGCAGCGGAUAACUACGACUACCGUCUGGAAGGCGCGUCCAAGCCGGUUGCAAGGCUGAUGUUUUACAAUUAUGGGUCUGUUCGUGGGAAGAAUAUAUUGCAAAAUACGACCAUGUCUGGAAACUCGAACAGUUUGACCUUCAGUUAA